CCUCCAGGGCUGCGGUGGAGGGCCUGGCGUUCCUGCAGACCUCUCGAGCGGGGCACGGGACACAGCUGCAGCACCAGCGGGCCUACACCGACUUCCUGGACUGGAGCCGGGGGGAGGAGCUGAGGAUCAGUACCGUGACCGACCUAGAUCGGACCCUCGCCAGCUAUCUGGACCACCUGUUCUUCGACGGCUGGAAUCGGGACCAGGGCGAGAAGACCUUGGCGGCGGUCCUUUUCUUUCACCCGAGCCAGGGCUUGAAGCGGCCAGGGGCCCUGGAGGGCAGCCGAGCCGCGCUCAAGGGUUUCAAGAAGAUGGCUCCCGGCAAGACCCGCAGACCACUUCCCAAGCAGGGGGUCUUCGCGAUCAUCGGGGCCGGCGUGUUCUGCGGCUUGCUCGACUUCUGCCUCGGCCUCCUCGUCGCCUGGGACGCGUACCUCAGGUUGCCCAGCGACCUGAUUGGCAUGGUGGGUGGGUCCUUGGUGGCGCCAGCUCGGCGGAGCCGGAUCAACCGGUGGGCCAUUCUGCUGUUCCCCGAGGAGUUGCCCGAUCGGAGCAAGACGGGCCACUUCGACGAGGGGAUGGUGCUAGAGUCGGAGGCCGCGCAGAGCGUGAGCUUCGCCCUGAAGGCCCUGAAGUCGCGGAGCCAGGCGGACAAGCCUCUGUGGCCGUUCUCCGGCCCGAAGUUCCGUCAGGACUUCGCCACGUGCGCCAGCCUGGCGGGGCUCGAGGACGCGCGCCCGUACCAGGUCCGCCACGUGGCCGCCUCCCACGACUUGCUGUUCAAGGUGAGGGAGUUCGGAGCGGUCCAGGAGCGGCUCAGGCACCUGAGCGAGUCCAGCACGCGGCGGUACCGCAAGGGGACCCGCUACCUGGCCGAGUGCGAGAAGCUGCCCCCCGAGGUCAAGGCGUUCGGCGAGUGGGUCGAGGCCAACCUCGCCGGCCUCUUCUCCGGGCGGCUGCGCUGCCAAGUCGAUGCCAAGUUUAACCCCGCGUUUAACCUCAACAACCCCGUGGUCGUGGAUCUGAUCGUGGGGUGGAUCAGCAGCAAGCUGGUCCGGGGGAUCUGGCUGGCCUUUCCCUGCUCCACGUGGAACGUCGCCUCCCGCGGGCGGUACCGAACCCACUCCUACCUUUUCGGGCGGCCCGACCUGGACCCUGUGGGCCUCGAGCGGGCCUUGGCGGGCAACCGCUCUCUCCUCGCCACGUGCUAG